GUGAGCCAAAUCGAAAGUGUGUUUGUUAUUGUUUGUACGCAUUUGCUAUGGCACACCAUUCUGAUUCAAAGAUUUGUAUCCUGCCUUUUUACGAACUAUAGUGUAAAUAUAAUGCUUUUCAAUAGUGUGUUUUGAAAUGGCUACCGCAACCGAUAGAUGUGAAGUGUGUGGUCUGGAAGAUUUUAUUCUAGAAGAUGGUUUUUAUUACUGUACUGAAUGCGGAACAAAGCUCCUUAAUAAACGUGAAAUUGUGGAUGACGAGAUAGAUGUUGGCGGUCACACGUUCAUACGGACAGAAGUUGUGGCGGGAAUCCAGAUAACUAGCUGGGAACAAAUGAAUUACUUUCUUCACGGCCUCACGGAACGAUUGAUUGAAUUGGGCGCUCCAGAAGAGCUAAAAACGACAGUUUUACAAAUUUGGUGUGCCUAUCUGAAUUUUGCCGAAAUAGCGUUCUUCCGCAAUACACAACACAAGCGGCCGCGUUUGUCAAUGCAAACUCAUAAAUGGGAUUUGAAACUAUUAUUUAACCGAGAUUUUCGGAAGCGACCCAAAAGCAAAGCCAAGGAACCAGCUGAAAUGACGUCGAGGCGAAGGCGAAAGCAAACGCAAGAUAUGUUAACCGCAGAACAAAAUGCAUUUUCACAAAGUCAAAAAUCGGACUUGGAAUCCAUGAACGAUCCUAGUCCGGCUCGCAUUCCGUUGCGUUUUCAAUUCAACAGUCGAGCGCGUAAGCGAUUGCAAGAGGAAUUAAAACUUGAUGAGGAGCACAUAGAAUGGCAUGAGCAACAAGCACCCCCGGAAGCGACAUGCCAUUCCUUUCCCUAUUACGGUAAAAAAUGUAACACUAACGUAGACGACUGGUCAUACGUUCAUCGAAAAUCCGUUUUAUUCGCCAUUCUAUACCUUGCACUGAAUCAAGUAAGCAGCACAAUACAAAUAUCGGAUCUCUUACGAUGGUGGGAAGAAGGACACCUACCGUUUCAGAAUUUACAACAGUUUUUACCGGAAGAAAUAGAUCCAGCUUGCUAUUCUGAUACAAUAGCACAUCUGGCGAUGGGCCAAACAUUUUACGAAUGCAGAAUGUUAGUGUCACUGAUGGCUACAGACCUCGGAAUAGUACCAAUCCAUCCAGAUCUAUUACCGAUUUGCUGUAGAUUUUUAAGUGAAAUGGCGCUGCCACUCGAUCUAGCGCCCUACAUUGCCAAAGUGAUCUCAAUUUCGCCAGCCAUUAAGCAAACGGUUGGAUAUACCUACUUUCCAAAGUACGAACUACACGCCAUGAAGUACAUAUUGUUCAUCAUGAAGCUGCUGUUUGGUUUGGAUGGAGUGAUCGAAACCAAACUAGAUUGCAGCACAGAGAAGCUCAACGAAAGUAUUUUAGCUUCAAGCAAAUUGUCUAAACUGUUCGUAUGGCAUGAGUGGCAACGAUACGUGACUAUGCGGCGCAUCAUACUGGAACAAUUGCAUUACCCAACAAGUCACUACCGCACCCAGUGGAUAGUUAACCGGCCGAUUGAUAGCGAUCUUUUUCUAAGCUAUUUUCAGUCUUGUGCCAUUCCAGAUGAUGAUAAUAUGACCGGUUAUAAAGCUGGUCUGAUUGGAACAGGGCAUACUCUGGCAAAAGAAAGAAUAUUUCAUAGUUUACACACUAUUAUAGCAUCAGCAACAGACAAACAUUCAAACAAGUACAGUGGACAAUCGAGAAAGCAUAUUCAAUUCGAUCAUAGUUUGGAACCACAACGCUCGUAUUUUGCAGAAAUACUGAACAUGAACGAUAAUGAGCGGCAACACGUGUACAUUCCGGAGUACAUGCUAACAGAUCACAGCAAACGAACGGUAGCACCAUUCGUCAAUCCGAUGCCUCUGAAAAAACAUAUUUUGGAGAACCAAAAAGUUAGGUUGGUGACGAAAACAGUUAAACCAACAGUCAAGCAAAUCCAGAUGGUUUCGCACAAAACACAUUUUGCGAACGUAGUGCGAUAUUUAAAUGCAAAUAAGUUCGCCCAUGUUCUCCAUAUGGAUGACAGUGAAUCGAGCAGUUGCGAAGAUGACAACGCCGAAAGUAACAUUUUGGAUUACAUCAACUCAAAAACCGAUAAAAAUCAUCUUAGCCAUGGGGAUAUGCUACGAAAUACAAUUUGCCGAAAUAUAUUGGAUGAAUUAGAAUCGAACCUCCGAGCGGCAGAUUUUGCAAUUGUAGCCAAAGACACGGACCUGUCGUGGAUAAAAGAACUAAAAGAUGAAGUGUAUCCUUUUAAAAACAAUCCUGCCGUAGAAGAAAUUUUACCAGAUGAGCAGCGUUGCUGUAAAACGCUUCCAAUCGCACUACCGAAUUAUUACUACUGGGUGAACAACACAAACACGACGAACAUUUCGCACGAUGACUUCGAGCAGCGUUAUUUCAGCACUUUUCCAGCCAGUUUUCAAUUCCUUCUACGGGAAGCAGCUUACGUUACGCGGUGUUCCACGAUGGAGUUAUAUUUAGAACUGAAUAACCUAGAAAAAUAUGUUUUUGAUAACUACAGUCGAAUAAAAUGAUGAUUGUCAUGACAUGAUUUUUUUCUGGCAAGAUGGUAAAUAGUAGUUC